AUGACAAGACCAAUUUUAAUUUCUCACCCAGUUUCAAUAUUAUAUAAUAAAUUCAAUAUUCAUAAUGGAUUAAAUACAAUUCUUGAGAUGAUUUACCCCAUUGGUUCAAUAUAUACAUCAAUGAAUUCAACAAAUCCAGCUGAUGUAUUCGGUUUCGGUACAUGGCAACAAAUAACCUAUCGUUUCCUCUAUUGUGCUAACUCUUCAAAACAAACAGGAGGCUCAAAGAAAAUUUUAGAAGCAAACCUUCCACCGCAUAAGCACACAGGAACUACAAACUUUUCUGGCGACCAUAUCCACUCAUUAAAAGACCACCCAUUAUACAACUCAGACUAUGAAGCUGGCUAUGACGUUUUAUCUCCAGCUUAUAACCAUUCAACAAAAAAGACUUUUCGACCAACUGAACCAGGAGGUAAUCAUUCACACACUUUCACAACAAAUCCAACAGGCUCGGGUGAAGAUUAUAUGCCACCUUAUAUGACAGUUUAUGCAUGGUACCGCGUUCAAUGA